GACUUAGUAUCCGCUGCUGGGGAAGGCGGGACGCACCCCCCUGUUCCCCCGCCCUUCCCCGCCCCUCUGCUUCCUCUUGGCUCGGGUGUGGGAGCCUCUUUGCCCGCUGAGGUGCUGGAGCAGCCGGGCAGCGACUGCGACAAUGGCAGGGAAAGAGUUGGAGCGGUGCCAGCAGCAGGCGGACGAGGUGAAGGAAAUCAUGCUCAAGAACUUUGACAAGGUCCUGGAGCGCGAUGGGAAACUGGCAGACCUGGAGCAGCGUUCAGACCAACUCCUGGACAUGAGCUCAGCUUUCAGCAAGACAACCAAGACCCUGGCCCAGAAGAAGCGCUGGGAGAACACACGUUGGCGUAUCUACCUGGGACUGGUGGUGGGUGGUGGCCUGCUCAUCAUCCUGAUUGCAUUGCUGGUCAUCUUUCUCCCACAGACAAGUGAGGGCAGCAGUGCCCCACAGGCCCAGGAUGCAGGUGCUGCCUCGGGGCCUGGGGACUGACCCAGCUGGGCCUGGAGGAGAGGCCAAACGGCCUCAGUGACUGGUUCUGGAUUCCAAAGAACCUUGGCAUUUGCUCCCACCUGAGCCACCGCAGUUAGCGCCCAAGGGCAACUCCAAAGUGUGCACCUUUGCAUCUCCUAUCACGCCACACACUGGCCCUUGAGGGCAGCCUGCUGCACUGGCCAUGCCAGGCUUGCCCCACUUGGAGCUCAGUAAACACUGCUGCUUGGUUAAAA